AUGAAUACCUACAGCAUGGUGAUCUUUAUGCCGUUGCUGAAACUCACCUGUCGACCAAAUCGGGUUCAUCCUUUCGCAGAGGUCUUCGAGUUACCCAAUAUCCUUUUCAGUAUCUUGUUACGGGAAACCCUGUUCCUGUUCGAGUGCGCUCCCAAACUGCAGGUGGCUGGAGAGGUGUUGCUGCUCUUUCCAAGCAUCCAACCCGCGCUGUUCCCGUGCCUUGGAGUGAUGAUUUGCUUGGAAGGUUUGGGCCCAACCCCCCUCGUUUUCCGCUCCGGGGUUGGUCUUGGAUUAGACCUUAGCGGGCUCGCCAUCUGCCCGCGGGCGCUGCUGGCCGACUUUGCAGCUGCCUUCCGUCUUGUGCUCUGCCAUCUUGAGCAGGUGGCAUCACCUUCGCUCUUUGUGGAGCGCUACCUCGACUUGGACUAUUUGAUCCCGGCCUUCACUGAGAGCUACGAGAGCUAUGCAUGGAAUUGCCCAUGUGGGCGCCUCUGUGGAAAGAGACAUUUCCACUGCCCGGACUGUCAAUUGCAUUGGUCGUCUGGCACCCCUCAUUCCAAUCAGCCCAAGUCACCGAGGGCACAGAACCAGAAGGAGAGCUGGGACUGGGAUUGGCAAUCAGGAAACCAGACAAGAGGACGUGGAGCCCAUCAGAAGCAGAAUCAUCAGAUGACGAGGAGUGCAAGCGCAAGAAUGCGUGCUGCCAAAGGCCAGAAGAAGGGGAAGGGCAGGAACAAAGGACUGCAUAUGACUUCACCCUUCGCGCAGGGCACUGCGACUCCAUGGCCGAAUCCCGAUACAUCUUUUGCUUUCCCGACUCCAUUUCCAGCCACAACUGCGGAAAGCUCUGCCCCCAGAACCAAUGCAGAUCUCGAAUUGAUACUUGCAGUCAAGGAGCAGUAUCCAGAUAUUACGAAGGCACCAUCCAGGAUCCAAUCAGCAGUUGCCAAGGCCGACAAGACAACAGCAAAGCAACUGACUUCGGGCCUGUCUUAUGUGGUGGGCAAUGCCACAAAGGAGCUCCAUGCAUUGAGAGAAGCCAAAUCCAAGCACCGAGAACGUUGGCUCAAACAUCUCAGCGACUCGGUCAAGUGCUGGGAACAGCAAUUGAAGCUGUAUACAGACCAGCAGGCGAACUACAACGGCCUGAUCAAAAAAGCCACGCAGGAACUCAAUACUGCGAGGCAGACCUUGGAGGUGCUCAACAAAAAGGCGGCUGGCCCGGAGGAGGUCGACCUCGAAGCCACCGACCCAGAAGACCAAAAAACAGUGGAUGCAGAAGCGCAGGCGAUGGCUCAACAGAUCCAGACUGUUUUGCAAGCUUGUGCCAAAGCAGCUAUGAAAGAAGAAGUGAUGGAAGUAUCAGAUUCGGAGGAUCUACCUGCCGGAGGACCAAGCAAACGACCUCGUUCGCUCGAGCCCUUUGGUGGUCAUGUUCAGCCUCCUGAAGCAACAUUUGCACAAAUGCGCAGACUGCUAGGGUAUACCCAUCACCAAGUUGCAGAGAUUUUCGAUAUUUGGCCUGUGCCGCGUGACCUUGACGCUGCACACAUUUCUCCAGUUCUACUUCUUCAACAUGAUGAUGUUUUAUUUGGAGACCAUCGACGAGCAGUGCUCCUGGAUGUCGAAUUGCAUGGUGAGAGGUUCGAUACUGUCAUUGAGAUUGAUCGUUACACCACCUUUUUGCCGACACCAGUGCAUCGAAGUUUUCUACUGCAAAUUGCUGGAGUUGCCCCUUAUUGCAGACUUCAACAGGACCGAUGCCUUGUUUGGCACAAAGGCAGCCUUGUUCCCCUGCAACAGCGUGGACUAUUGAAUCUCCAGCAUGGUGAUUACAUCCGAAUUGCAGUUCCGCCAUUUGUGCAACCAUCUGUGCCAACGCAUUUUGCUGUUAGAGCUUGUCAAGCUGGCAUGAAUGCACUUCAACUUGUCCAGCAUUUUCAAGUCCAUGGAGCUGACACUGAAAGCCUCCACACAGCUCAAACAAAUGAACAAGAGACCAUUGAAGAAGGUGAUGCUCAAACGUUAUUGCAAACAGCUUUUCAGCGAAUUUCUGAUUUCCUGAAGCAGGCUGAUGUGCCAUCACCUUUGAGCUGCAGUUUCACUGAUGAAUUUCUCAAUGCAGUCCGCGCACGAGAACAAGCUUUGGGAAAUCAGCCGCUUAGAGCUGAAGAAGUGCCUGAACUCAUUGAUUCUUCUCAGUUUGUACGCCAGCUUUUUGAUAUCAUUCAUGAUGCUGACCUACCCAUGCCGGUGAACGCAGUGCCAGUUUACAAUGUUGAAACAUGGUUCACUGAUCACCAGAGAUUUCAAAGGCCAGAGGCUCCUACCAAUGCUUGCUCUCUUUGGUUUGGUGGCAUUCCGAUUUUGAUGCACCAACAGCUCGCUUUACGACAUGGCUAUGCACUCCUUUUGACUGUGGAACGCCCUUUUGAGGUUGACUUUUCAGUUUUACGAGAUGCUGACGAAGCGACUCUGAGAAGCACUUUAGAAGCAGCAUUGGAAAACUUCUCGCAGGCCAUUUCAAGGGAUCUGAGGAGACCGCAAGAGGUCAUUACUCCUGUUGAUGACACCUGGAGGCCUGAUUGGCACAACAGCAUCGCUGGCGCUUUUGACAUCGAAAGCAGUUUUGAGAGACCUGAAGAAGGACCAAUCGCCUAUAUUGAGACAUGGUAUCUGAACGGUCAAUCAGCCACUUGGAGCCAGCUUUCCAGACGUGUGCGAUUAGGAGUCAAUCAGGACGCAUGGGAAAGCUCAAUCAUCGAGACAUGGCGAGAUCAUAGUGAUCGAAGAUGCCCUUUCUUCCUUUACUUUGUUGACCCGGCACCGCCAUCCCAUCACACACCAUAUUUGAGGCCACCUUUGGGACACAUCAUUCUUGUUCAGCAGCCCACUUUUGAUUGCGCCGCAAUUCUGCUUACUGCUGUUUUACCAGCCGAUGGGAGAGAUGAGCUAGUUCGGGUAGCUGCCUAUACCCUGAACAGACUCUCCAUCAGUGCAGCACUUGAAUUGCUUCCAUUGCCUUCAGCUUUUCAGUUGCCCAAUGUUCGUGUACGCAGAGGACGUUUAGUCUUUCCUGAACAAGGUGCACCUAGUAUAGGUAAUGGUGACAGCAUUGUGGUCGAGAGAGCUCAACAGGUUUUUGCUCUACCACCCAAUGAACUGCAAGAGGAAGAGGAGACAUCACUCAUGCAGAUUGAAGCACAGAUUGUCUCUGAACCGAACCUUUGGACUACUUUCAGUGCAAUACCCGAUUUUCUUGCUGAGCAUUCCUGUAAAGGACUCUCUCAGGAUUACAAAAUUGAUGGAUCUCCAUAUGACCCACCGUCGCUGACGCAGCAUAUUGUAAAUGCUGUUGCACCACAACAAGUUCGUCCCCUGCAUGAAGUUCCUCCAGAACUCUCCCAGCUUCAUGAUGCUUUCCUGAGGGAUGCAGCGGUUGCAGUUGAGGAAGAAGGACCUGUUGGCUUCAUUGACACCUGGUACUUGAUGGGUCCCAGGGAGUAUGUCACAGAGCAGUCGGAGCUUUGGGCAGAUGAGAUCGACAACAACCUCCCCUUGCAUAUGCAUUGGGUCACGCCUAUCCCUGUCUUGGUCGCACUGCAGUUGGUUUUGCUGCGGCUUUGCUUCACAAUCCAGUUCGCUUUGCACCAACAAAAGACUUACUCCAACUUGCUAGGAUUUGCCUUAGCAGGAGAUGUAGCAUGCGCUUCAAUGGAUUUGUCUGGAGAGAAGCAACUGCUUUGGAUGUCCCGCGAGGAGCCAGUCUUGAAUUUCGACUUGGCAUCCCUGAAGAACGCUUGGGAGACGAACACAUUGUUGAACCUCAGCCCAUCUAUCAUGAGCCUGAAAUCGAAGAGCCACUCGAACCUGUACACCCACCUCUACAUGAACAAUCACAAUUUGUUCGAGACCUCUAUGAAUCAUGGCUUGACCAUGCUGUAG